AAACUAGCAAGUCUUCCCCCAAGUUGCCAGAUUGCAUUAUAUGAUUUGCUCACACCACUCCAUAAAUGCCCCUCAGCCUUAUCACUCCUUUGAACUAAACUGAUAAAGAGUAUAGAAACUUAAAGAGCUAGAAAUCAAUAUAAUGGCUGGAAAUUGCGACACGGGGUGCUGCUCCAAUGGAAAACUGAUCACUGUUCUUAGCAUCGAUGGCGGAGGAGCGAGAGGGAUCAUCCCAGGGAAAAUCCUAGCAUUCCUUGAAACUGAGCUCAAGCGGUUGGACGGUGAUAAAUUUGUGAGCAUCUCAGAAUAUUUUGACAUGAUCGCUGGGACCAGCACGGGAGGCCUCAUAGCAGCCAUGCUAGCAACUCCGAAACCAUCAGACCCCCAAGGCAAACAACCAAUAAAGCCUGCUAGUGACAUUUGCAACUUCUAUCGUGCCGAAUGCCCUAGAAUCUUUUCACCUCAGGAAAAGAAUACAGAAGAAAAGAAUACAGAAGUCGGCAGUCAUCUGAAGGGAUUGGCUUGGAGUAUCUUCUUGCGAGCAACCAAUGCCAAAUACAAAGGCACUUACCUGCGCCAACUAAUCAAGGAGUUAGUGGGAGAAAGGAAGAUAGGGGAGACACUCACCAAUGUGCUUCUCACUAGUUUCGAUAUCAAACUCAUGCAACCUACCAUCUUCAGCACCUUAAGGGCGAAAGCGAAUGAUUUAGAUGAUUCAUUGAUGGCCAACGUCUGUAUCUCUACAACUGCAGCACCGACUUAUUUUCCUCCAUAUUAUUUUAAGAACACCACAUUAUCAAUCACGAAGGAAUUCAACCUCGUAGAUGGAGGUGUGGCGGCCAAUAAUCCAACUUUGCUUGCAAUUGGAGAAAUGGAGAAGGAAAGGAAGAGAGAAAGAACUUGUAAUAAGUGCUCGAAUAAGCAGGACAUGUAUCUGGUUCUAUCCCUCGGCACAGGAGAAGUAAAGAAUGAGGGGAAAUUAGCAGUUCAAGGACGCAAUUGGGGGUUUCUUGAUUGGCUCUCAACAGAUUGGCUUAAGGGUUCUGCUGGUUCAUGUCCAAUAAUAGAUUGUUUCGCAAAUGCAGCAUCUGAUAUGGUUGACUUAUACACAGCCAUGUAUUUCCUACAUCAUGAACAUGAUUACCUUCGAAUCCAGUGUGAGAAUUUGGAAAGUUCUGAAGCUGCCAUGGAUGAUGUAUCGGAAGAAAACCUUAAGAAGCUUGAGAGGAUAGGGGAACAGCUCUUAAACAAACCUGUUGCUUCGGUGGACUUGGAGACUGGCCAGUACAGACCAGUUUCAAUUCGACUCACAAACCGAGAAGCUCUUAUCAAGUUUGCAAAACAAUUGUCUGAUGAGAAGAAGCGCCGUUUGGAAAAAAAUGUAGUCAUCUAGGGGUUUUUGUUUCUUCCCUUCUUUAUCAAUAAUUGAGAAAGAUUUGCUCCAUUUGCACGUUCUACAAUAAUAAAAUAAAAUAGAAAUAAAAAUAGAGAAGGGAAGUCUCAAAAUGUGUCUGAAAGAGCUUAGUAUUUGGCGUGUAUUGAAUAAGAAACCACUAGAGCUUAGCAGGUUGGGCGAAAUUGUGUCAGUUAUAUGCAGUAUUACUCUAAAUAAAUGAUGUAUGACAAGAUGUAGUUCUCCUUUUCCAUCAUGAAUGAAUGAAGUGUUAUUUUA